AAGAACAGGUGAAUGAUUACUGAAUUACUGUAGGACUACUGUUAAUGCCGUCGUCUAAAUUUAUCCGUUAUCUUGGUCCCAUGAUAAACAAAUAGUGAAUGUUUUCACGCGAACGGUCCAAUUAACUUUAAUGGGAGCCCAAAUAAAAAUCGGAGAUACGUGACAAAAAGAGGGCGACAACUCGACAAAAGCCUGGAAUUAGCAGCAAGGUUGAGCUUAGAGUGGCACCAUGUUGUCUGGGGAGGAGAUUCUGUGCAGCACGCGGCAAGUGAUCGCGGGCCUGGAGGCGCUUCGUGGCGAGAACCACACCCUCCUGGACGACCUGCAGAAGGCGCUGGAGGGCCGGCCGGUGGCCGACAGUGGCAGUGUGGAGCAGGAGAAGAGUGGGAUCAUCCGCCAGUCUCUGGAGAGGAUAGAGCUGGGCCUGGGAGAGGCACAGGUGAUGAUGGCUCUGUCGGCCCACCUGGGCUCCCUGGAGGCGGAGAAGCAGAAGCUGCGGACCCAGGUACGGAGGCUGUGCCAGGAGAACCAGUGGCUGAGGGACGAGCUGGCCAGGGCCCAGCAGAGGCUACAGGACAGGGAGCAGGUGGUGGUCACGCUGGAGGAGCAGAACAGACACCUGCAGUUCAUGAGCAGCAUCCGCAAGUACGACCAGGAGGAGCCCCCACCGGAAGACAAAGAGACUGGCUCCACCAAGGAGUCCCUAGAUGACCUUUUUCCCACGGACGAGGAGGAACAGUCACAGAUAUCUCAGCCCCACGGUAGCAGUGCGGCAGCAGCGGCCCAGCAGGGAGGCUAUGAGAUCCCGGCCCGCCUGAGGACCCUUCAUAACCUGGUGAUCCAGUACGCCUCCCAGGGCCGCUAUGAGGUGGCCGUGCCCCUCUGCAAACAGGCCCUGGAGGACCUGGAGAAGUCCUCAGGCCACAGCCACCCUGAUGUGGCCACCAUGCUCAACAUACUGGCCCUGGUCUACAGAGACCAGAACAAGUACAAAGAGGCGGCAAACCUCCUGAAUGACGCAUUGGCCAUCCGGGAGAAAACCCUGGGCAUAGAUCACCCUGCGGUGGCAGCCACACUCAACAAUCUUGCUGUACUUUAUGGAAAGAGAGGGAAGUACAAGGAGGCUGAGCCACUGUGUAAGAGAGCCCUGGAGAUCAGAGAGAAGGUGUUAGGCACGGACCACCCUGACGUGGCAAAGCAGCUGAACAACCUGGCGCUGCUGUGUCAGAACCAGGGCAAGUACCAGGAAGUGGAGCAGUACUACGAGCGUGCCCUGCACAUCUACCAGAGCAGGCUGGGCCCCGACGACACCAACGUGGCCAAGACCAAGAAUAACCUGGCUUCAUGUUACCUGAAACAAGGGAAGUACAGACAAGCUGAGGCUCUGUAUAAAGAGAUCCUGACCCUGGCCCAUGAAAAAGAGUUUGGAUCUGUGGAUGGUGAGGUGCGGGAUAUCUGCACCCACACGGGAGAGGAGGGCUCCAUGCAGGAUGGGCUGGGCAGUCUGAAGCGCAGCGGCUCGUUCACCAAACUCCGCGAGUCGAUACGCAGGAGCAGCGAGAAGCUGGUCAGGAAGCUGAAAGGAGUCGGAACUCAGGAUACCACCCCUCCGACUCCUGGGAUGAAAAGGGCUAAUUCUCUGAAUGUGCUGAACGUGGGUGCGAGGGAGCGGCAAGAAGCGGCAAGGGGCACCAGCGACCUAACAGAGAACCGAACCCUGAGCUCCAGCACCCAGAGCCUAGCACGGCGAGGGUCCCUCAGCUACACGUCUGAACACUAGCCCCCCCUCCCAACAAUUAGGAAGUACUCAUACAGCUCUGGCCCCGACUCCACUCUGUCUGUGGAUUGGCCUCUUGCGCCGACAUGGGUCACUCCACCCCUUUCCUGUUUAAAUCGAACACUGAUCCAUUAUCAGUUGAGGUUUGUUUACUGCACUAUGUUGUAGCUGGGGGAGGCCACUGGUACUCCUUGCCUGCUGUCUGCUAGUUUCAUCCCCUGGUGCCCCAGUUCUGGGGUAUAGAUUAGGAUACACACAGCAAUGAGGGCUGGUUUUGAGUGACGCAGAUGGUAUCCAUUUCAGACCAGUUUAAUCUGGAAAUGGAAUUACAUUUAGCUUUUUUAAUGAUUUAGUAAUGCUCUGUUGUGACUUACUGUACAAGGAGGGAAAUGCUUGAAUUCUUCAAUGAUUGAUUGUUCACAAUUAUGAACAUGUUAAUUUCUAUUAAGGUAGUGUCUGAAGCUAUUGGAUAUUAUCUAAAUGACUGUAGCUAUGCAUGAAAAAAUACCUUAUUUAUACAAUGUGUUUUUUAAAAUGUGUUACAUUCUGAUUUUAUCUUCUUGUGUUCAUGUUUACCAGCGGUUCUCGUGUUUUUGGCACUAGAUGAUUUUAAUUCCAAAACACUGAUCUGCACAAGCACAAUUAAAACAAAGAUUUACUAAUUUACAGUGGGGAGAACAAGUAUUUGAUACACUGACGAUUUUGCAGGUUUUCCUACUUACAACGCAUGUAGAAGUCUGUAAUUUUUAUCAUAGGUACACUUCAACUGUGAGAGACGGAAUCUACAACAAAAAUCCAGAAAAUCACAUUGUAUGAUUUUUAGUAAUUAAUUUGCAUUUUAUUGCAUGACAUAAGUAUUUGAUACAUCAGAAAAGCAGAACUUAAUAUUUGGUACAGAAACCUUUGUUUGCAAUUACAGAGAUCAUACGUUUCCUGUAGUUCUUGACCAGGUUUGCACACACUGCAGCAGGGAUUUUGGCUCACUCCUCCAUAAAGACCUUCAGGUUUCGGUGCUGUCGCUGGGCAAUACGGACUUUCAGCUCCCUCCAAAGAUUUUCUAUUGGGUCCAGGUCUGGAGACUGGCUCGGCCACUCCAGGACCUUGAGAUGCAACUUACGGAGCCACUCCUUAGUUGCCCUGGCUGUGUGUUUCGGGUCGUUGUCAUGCUGGAAGACCCAGCCACGACCCAUCUUCAAUGCUCUUACUGAGGGAAGGAGGUUGUUGGCCAAGAUCAAGCGAUAUGGCCCCAUCCAUCCUCCCCUCAAUACGGUGCAGUCGUCCUGUCCCCUUUGCAGAAAAGCAUCCCCAAAGAAUGUUUCCACCUCCAUGCUUCACGGUUGGGAUGGUGUUCUAGGGGUUGUACUCAUCCUUUUUCUUCCUCCAAACACGGCGAGUGGAGUUUAGACCAAAAAGCUCUAUUUUUGUCUCAUCAGACCACAUGACCUUCUCCCAUUCUUCCUCUGGAUCAUCCAGAUGGUCAUUGGCAAACUUCAGACGGGCCUGGACAUGCGCUGGCUUGAGCAGGGGGUCCUUGCGUGCGGUGCAGGAUUUUAAUCCAUGACAGCAUAGUGUGUUACUAAUGGUUUUCUUUGAGACUGUGGUCCCAGCUCUCUUCAGGUCAUUGACCAGGUCCUGCCGUGUAUUUCUGGGCUGAUCCCUCACCUUCCUCAUGAUCAUUGAUGCCCCAUGAGGUGAGAUCUUGCAUGGAGCCCCAGACCGAGGGUGAUUGACCGUCAUCUUGAACUUCUUCCAUUUUCUAAUAAUUGCGCCAACAGUUGUUGCCUUCUCACCAAGCUGCUUGCCUAUUGUCCUGUAGCCCAUCCCAGCCUUGUGCAGGUCUACAAUUUUAUCCCUGAUGUCCUUACACAGCUCUCUGGUCUUGGCCAUUGUGGAGAGGUUGGAGUCUGUGUGAUUGAGUGUGUGGACAGGUGUCUUUUAUACAGGUAACACGUUCAAACAGGUGCAGUUAAUACAGGUAAUGAGUGGAGAACAGGGGGGCUUCUUAAAGAAAAACUAACAGGUCUGUGAGAGCCGGAAUUCUUACUGGUUUGUAGGUGAUCAAAUUGGUCAUGCAAUAAAAUGCGAAUUAAUUAAAAAUCAUACGUGAUUUUCUGGAUUUUUGUUUUAGAUUCCGUCUCUCACAGUUGAAGUGUACCUAUGAUAAAAAUUACAGACAUCUACAUGCUUUGUAAGUAGGAAAACCUGCAAAAUCGGCAGUGUAUCAAAUACUUGUUCUCCCCACUGUAUCUCGUGAAUGUGAUGCACAAUCUGUGUAUUGGCUUCCAUAUUAGGUUAUGGUAAAGGACUCUCCUUAGUCCACAAUAUUACAGCAAAAUCUCUACUUCCCAGUCCAGCUGUAGAAUGCCAAGUAAUUAUUGUUUAAGGCUUGGCAUUCUGUGAAAUAUGUUUAGCCAAUUUCAUUAUGAGCAGAUAUAAAAAGCAUAAGGGGCGCUCCCAAGUGGCACAGUCUAAGGCACUGCAUCUCAGUGCUAGAGGUGUCACUACAGACCCUGGAUAGGGCGUUAGGAUUUGUAAAUAAGAAUUUGUUCUUAACUGACUCGCCUAAUAAAAUUGAUGGCCCAAAAGUAAAAGCACUACAGUAUGUGCCUGUAUAUAAUCUCUUAUUUUUAAAUUUGUCUCAGUUUGGGAUACAUUUACAUUUUUUGGGGAUAGCUGGCUCUAAUUUAAAUUCCUUCUGGAACAUGUUUUAAAAUGAUUUGAUUUUGUUGAUGUAGCCUAUGCAUCUUAUUCAAGAUGUUAGCAAGUCAAGUGUUGUUAAUUCACUGUGGCGGUAUUGGCACGUGAUCAUUGAAAGAGCUGUAGAGGAGUGACUAAUGUAGAAAACCUAGAUUGUUAACCCCCAUUAAGAUGGAUUGAAGGCGUUAAAUGCAGAUUGCGACAAGGUCGCCAGUUCGAAUCCCAAUGGGUCUUAUUUUCCAACCUUAACCACAUUUCUCAUUUGAUGUUCUCAAUGACAGACUGAACAGCUUUAUAAAUGUGGAGACAUGUGGCACCCUCCCUCAUGCUGCUGCAGUGGACUAGAAACUGGGAUAGGGACCAGAAGGCCACAGGUUCUAAUCUUUCCCAUGCCCUUUUAAUGGUCUACACUGGUCUAAAAAAAAAAUAAAGUGCACAAUCCGAUCAGGACACAGAAUGCAUGUUAGAACCGGGGAUAAACUGACAAAAGCACAAUAAGGGCUCUAUUCAAUAUGUAUCAAGCGUUUCAGAUUGAGCCAACAUAUGCAGCGUUUACCAUGAAUGCAGUCUUCGCCAACACGGGAACAUAGCCUUUACAUUUUAAUCACGCUGUAAUGCUGAACUUCAGCAGUACAGAUGAAAUAGAAUCCUACUUAUGUUGAACUCUUGCUGUUACGGAGAGCUUUCUUUGCAGAUUGUCAAUGUUAUUGAAAAUGACAAAUGUAUUUAAUAACUGGAAACCAUAGCAAACAAAAUGGCAAAUAAAGUAUAUUGAGUCUCUUCAA